AUGUCAAGCCACCGACAUAUUAGGGAAAACCAGGCCUUGGAGGACAACGCGAUAGUGGCUGCGGUCGCGGACCCUAGUACCACUAGCGAUGGGGCUCUUCUCGGGCUCUGUGGUGACCAGCUCAAUAAUGAUUUUGAGCACCAAUGCUUCGAAGAGGCUGUGAGAAUGUUGGGAGCAGAAUUGCUGGCGCCGGUCGAAGGCGAUAUUGGGCCCAGAAUGCUCAGAAUCCCAGGGAUCCCUCGUGGACGAUUCCUCCCCCAUCAGGUCUGGGGCGUCUGGUUUAUUGUGGAGCGGAUCCUCGCUGACCGUCCCCCCGUGGCCCUAAUUGCUGACGAUAUGGGAUUGGGCAAAACUCACUAUGCGCUUGCUACACUGCUUUACCUCAAAUAUAUUGUUGAUGAGGCUGCAGCAGGCAGAGCUCUACCAUGCUUGGGUGGGAAAUCGGUGACUGAAUUGGAGGUUGUUCCAUGGAUCUUUGGUGCUGAUAGUGAGGUGUACAGGCGACCUUGCAUUAUCGUUGUCCCUGCCAACCUCGUUCAUGCCUGGGAACGUGCCGUGCAGAGUUUGAUUCCCCAGACUGGGGUCCAGCUAGUCAACCUCUAUUUGAGUCGUCAGCUUAAUCACACCGAGCUCAACUACACCUCUGACAAUCCCGGGCGCGGUAAAGCCAUCCAUCUGAUUUCCUAUAGUUCCUACAGAGCCCGCUAUAAAAAUCCAGACCGCUUGCAGGGCUGCCAAUGGGGGAUUGGAAUUUUCGACGAAUCGCACAUGGCGAAAUCUCGCACAACUCAGACCUUCGACUCCCUGAUGAAAAUGGAUGUACCCUGCCGGAUCCAGCUAACCGGAACCCCGAUGCACCAUACAGUUGACGAUUGGGUUCCCCAGACCGAGUGGCUGUUCUCCCAGGUCACAGAUCAGGACGAGCUCAAUAGCUACGGUCCGCGCCCGCUCGACUCAGCAAUUACGGGGGCGAAGCGUGGAAAUAUAACGUUAGAGGAGGCAUAUGGCCUGAUCAAGGAUAUUGCCUGGCCGUGGACUAUCCGGCGCUGGGGAGAGACUAAGGACGCAACUGGGCAGCCCCUGGUCCGCAUUCCCGAACUUGAGCAGCACGACAUCCGCCUGCGAUACACCCCCAUGGAGGCUAACGCAAUCGACCAGUGGAUCACGGAUGCCAAGGGCAACAGGUGGAAUGCUAUCCAGACGGUCUUACACGAGUGGCGCCUUGCUUGCCUCACCAUGGACCUACCGGACAACGAUGUGAGUUCCGAGGACUCGGAGACUGGGGAUGGUCUAGUUCUCCAUCGUCAAUCCUGGAAUCGUAAUGACUUCCACGGUGGGCCUGCAUUCCGAUGGCUUUCAGAAGUUUUCGUCCCAAAGUUGUUGGGUCCAUCUGUAGGAGGGGUACCAAACAAGGCCGUCAUUUUGGCCCCAUUGCCAGGCCAAGCAUCCUACGUCCAUUGGUUCCUCAGGACCUUCCAUGCCGGGAUUCACCCCAUCGUGUAUCACGCUAGAGUUGCCUCGAGAGACCGGGAUCGGCUACUACAAGAGUUCGCUUCACUCGAUAGACCGGCAGCGCUCAUCCUCACUCCAGCCCUCGGUGGGACCGGGCUGAACCUAGUUGCGGCAAACCAUGUUGUAAUCAUGCAAAAAUUCUGGAACCUCAAUGAGCAACGUCAAGCAGUUGCGCGGAUUCACCGAAUUGGUCAAAGACGGUCCCCAAAAGCGUGGAUUCUACAUUGUGAGGGAGGGGUAGAUGAUAGGGCUGAAGAACUUCACCAGAGCCGUGGAAAGUUUGAGGCACGGAUCAUGCAUGGAUUGAUUGGGCAGAAAUUCUCCUAUAUGGAGUUAAUGGAUGCCAGGGCAACUAGAAUCCGUGAGCUUGAACGGGUACAGUCUACACAAGGUGGUGAUGCUGUUCCAGGUGCUUCUGGAACUGAGGGUGGUGAUGAUAAUGGCGGUGAUGUUGAAUGA